CUGCUAACAAGUCCGACAGUUUUGCGGAUGAUUUCAGCCACAUGCCGCAACCAUUGCUCUCCAACUCCGUAUCGGCUUUCGCUGAUCAGCUGGUGUUGGGAUUUCCGACAAACCAAGAGCCAGCAUGAGCGGUCGCUACCCCGCCCGCGCGCAAAUGCGAUUUCGUCUGCAAGACAAGGCCUUGGUGAAGCGCCACAAAUGUCAUAUGAGCGAUGCUGAGGGAAAAAAAAAGGUUUUCUCUUCCCGCCCUGUCGUUGUGAAGUAACCCGUUGUAUAAUGAGGCUUCUCAACCCCGCUCCUUUUGUGUUUCUUUAAAAGCUUUCUCACUUCGUAGUCGUCUUGGGUUGUAUGAUAACUCGCACAGAUCUGCACGUUGGCCUGGCUCUGACUCUUUUAAAAUUCGGACAGGCCUGCCAGCCUUGCACGUUUUCUUUUUUGAUCUCGGGGACUAUAUAAUUGGCACCGGACUGUCCCAAUGUCGGGCAAGGAUCACCCUGAAGCGCUGGCUCUCGCCCAGCUCUUCAGUACGUGCGUAGAAUGUUUUGGUCUCAUACAUCCAGGCAAAGAAUCGGAGCAGGCACAACGUGUUGCCGUUGCCAAGUUGGGCAUUCAACAAGCUCGUCUUCUAGCAUGGGGAGACAUGGUCGGUCUGCUAGAUGUGACAUCUUCGCGGGAUCCACGACUCGAGGACCAUGAUACUCGUUUGGCAAUUGAGAAAGCACUGCAGGAUAUCAUCGACAGGCCAGCACAUACGGAUCGUGAAACCCAGUUCGAGAAAUAUGGACUCAAACCUCCCAAGAAGUUCUUCCAGAACAAUCAGCCAUCUCUGGACGUUGCACGCAUCGAGUCUUUCAGGGAACGGAUGGAGCACUUCCAGCGACAGAAAUGGGAAGUCAAGCGCGGAAUGAGCAUCACUAUGUCCCACUGGAUGAUCCAGGACGUUGAGAAGUUCAAGGUGUUCUUAGCUCUGGUCAAGGAGAAGGUUGACUUCUUGAUUGGUUUGAUGGGCGUUGAGGCCAAGGUCGACACAGCUCUCAAACACGAUAUCAAGGCUUUGGGUUGGCAUCCUAUCUUCGACAAGAUCAAAGCCGCGAGUGAUAUGUCCAAGUUGAGGCUCAUUCAGCAAGCUUGCAAGGACGAUUACCCGGAAUAUGUGACCGCCGCCCAGGUCGCUCUCGAUUACUUGGACAAGGAGUACAAGGACAAUUAUCAAGAAUUGCGAGACGGAAUUCCAACUUCUACGGAGAUUCCUGGAGCCGCUGCCUAUAUGCUUGCGCAAUCAAGAUAUCUCGCCGCUGCGUACGAGCGAAAGAACUCGAAGUCCCCGAAGCCGUCAGGGAACGGCCCAACGUUUUUGAAAAUGUUCCGACCAAAGUCGUGGCGCAAGAAUUCCAAAGACCUUUUGACUCCUGAAGGCGAUACCAAGGGCAGGUCGAACUCAUAUGCGCCUACAACGAGUGAUUCGCCACUUACCCCGCCAUUGACUCCAGUGCGAUCAAAGUCCCUUGCCGUGCCGUACAGUGGAACACAUGAGCAACCUCCCACGCCGGAAAGAAAGAGCGAAGACGACGUUCUUUCAAAAACAGUUACUGCGACCAGCGUCGAUAUGGGCACGACAGCUGCACCAGUGAGCAGCAUGGUAUCCCGACACGAUUACUGGAAAAGCCCAUGGUGAGACAUACCGAUCUUCAUGACGACCUUUGGAGCUGCUUGAUGCAUUCGCACUUCCGUAAUUUGCCAGACUUUCGCAAUUUCUUCGCGUUGUCGACCUGCCUGUACAUAAUGAUACCAUCUAUGCUGCAUAGCCGAAACGAGUUACAUUUAAUGCGUACAUAAUAUAGUUAAAAAUAUACCGGAAUAAGAAACGCUCCUUUGCUAGUGAAGC